AGAAUUGGAGGACUAAUCUGCUGUUAUGACUGCAUUGAGUGCCCAGAGGGAGAAAUAACAAAUAUAUCUGAUAGUGAGAGCUGCACAAAAUGUCCAGAGAAAGAAUGGCCGAACAAGUGGAAGAAUCAAUGUAUCCCUAAACUGGUGGAAUUUCUAUCAUAUAAAGAAGAUGCAAUUUCUGCAAUUUUUUCAUUUCUUUCCCUAUUACUCUUCCUUAUAACAGUUGCAAUAAUAGUUAUUUUUAACUUAUUCAAAAGGACAGCAAUUGUUAGAGCCAACAAUAAGAAUCUCAGUUUCAUUCUUCUUGUCUCCAUCAUGCUGAGCUUCCUCUGUGUAUUUCUGUUUCUCGGACGCCCUGUGGAUAUAACCUGCAUGCUGCGUCAAUCCACUUUUGCCAUCAUAUUUUCAGUAGCAAUCUCUUGUGUUUUGGGAAAGACUAUGAUGAUCUACACUGCUUUUAAAGCAACUAAACCCGGCAGUGCUUGGGGAAAGUGGGUCAAUGUAAAGGUGUCCAAUUCACUAGUUUUGAUUUUCUCUUCAGUUCAAAUUAUAAUUAACAUUUGUUGGUUGAUUACUUCUCCUCCAUAUCAGGAACUGGACAUACACUCUUAUCCAGGAAAGAUUAUCAUUCAGUGUAAUGAAGGUUCGGUUAUGUUUUUUUAUUCCGUUCUGGGUUACAUGGGUUUUCUGGCAGCUGUUAGUUUCAUAAUAGCUUUUUUAGCCAAGACAUUACCAGACAGUUUUAAUGAAGCCAAGUACAUCACCUUCAGCAUGCUGGUAUUCUGCAGUGUUUGGAUUGCAAUGAUCCCAGGCUAUCUGAGCACCAAAGGGAAAUACAUGGUGGCUGUAGAGAUAUUUGCCAUAUUGACCUCAAGUGCUGGACUUUUAGCAUGUUUAUUUUUCCCAAAAUGCUACAUAAUUGUGUUUACACCAGAAAUGAAUUCAAAAAUGUAUUUGCUUGGAUCCAGAUAUAAAAUAAUGUCCAGAUAA